CUCUGAUAUUUUAUUCCCGUUUUUGCUCUGAUAAUAUUAUUAACGAUCUAUUGAAAUCGAGAGCAGAUAGCAUCAAGGAAUAAUGCUACUGAAUUGUUUUAGAGAUGGAAGCUGAUGUAUCCAUUAUUUUUGCUGUGUUUUCAAAACCCUAAAUUGUAAAAAUCCCAAUUUCUCCUUCUCUCUUUGCUUUGGAUGCUUUUCAACAACAAAAAAUUGUGCUUUUCGAAUCUUUGCUCUGAUGGGUACCUCGAAUCUUCUCUUGUUUUUCUUUUCUUUGGUGGGUUUGUGUGCUAUGGCCACUGCCAAAGUGGUGUUGAUUGGGAGCAACAUCACUCUCUCCUUCGAUGAUAUUGAAGCUAAUUUCGCUCCGACAGUCAAAGGUUCUGGAGAAUAUGGGGUCUUAUAUUUGGCAGAGCCGCUUGAUGCAUGUACAGAACUGACGAAUAAAACUGAACUACUCUCAAAUGUGAGUUCUCCUUUUGUUUUGGUGGUUAGAGGGGGAUGUAGCUUUGAGGAAAAGGUCAGAAGGGCACAAAAUGCUGGCUUCGAAGCUGCAAUUGUCUAUGACAAUGAAGAUGGGGGUGUCUUGGUUGCAAUGGCAGGAAAUUCUGCUGGUAUAAGAAUACAUGCUGUAUUUGUAUCAAAAGCUUCAGGUGAAAUACUGAAGAAAUAUGCUGGGUUGACUAAUGUGGAAAUAUGGCUCAUUCCAAGUUUUGAAAACUCAGCAUGGUCUAUCAUGGCAAUUUCAUUUAUAUCCCUAUUAGCUAUGUCUGCAGUUCUGGCCACUUGUUUCUUCGUCCGCAGGCAUCGCAUAAGAAGAGAAAGGCCUCGAGCUUCUCGUGUGCGCGAAUUUCAUGGUAUGAGUAGUCACCUGGUGAAAGCAAUGCCAAGUUUGAUAUUUACUGCUGUUCUGGAAGAUAAUUGUACAUCAAGAACAUGUGCUAUAUGCCUUGAAGAUUAUUGUGUUGGAGAGAAGCUUAGGAUUCUUCCCUGCUGUCACAAGUUUCAUGCUGCCUGUGUGGAUUCCUGGCUUACUUCAUGGAGAACCUUUUGUCCUGUUUGCAAGCGUGACGCAAGAACCGGCUUAACUGAUCCACCACCUUCAGAAUCCACACCUUUGCUCUCAUCGAGCCUGGCAUCUACUUCAUUUUCUGUCAUAUCUUCUGUGAGGUCAUCAUUAGCUUCAUCUUCAGCAAUACAAAUAACACGGGCAACUUCGCAGUCUCCAUCUGUUUCUCGUAACCACUCUUUAGCUAGUACCCCCUAUGUUCAGCCAUCUCUUAGGUCCUACCGUCAAUCCCCAUCCCUAAGUGUCAGCCGAAGCUCUCUAGACCUUAGGAAUGCAUCCCAAAGAUCUCUAGCUUCUCACUUGAAUUCUCCACUUUCCAUGGGUUACCCAUCUUUGUCAUCUCUUAAUUCAAGGUACUUGUCUUCACACAUUCCAAGUCCUAGCAAUGCUUCAGUAAGUUUUAUGGGUUCAUCCAGCCAUCAACAGCAUCCGCUCCGGCAUAGUGAGUCAGCUGCGAGCUUCUCUCCAUUUGCGUCAGCAAACUCCCUUCCGGAAUGUUAAAAUUGUCUAAUCAGAUUUUAUCAUAUGAUUCAGAUGUCUGUGCUGUUGAAACAGAAAUUGCCGUGGCCAUGUGAUGAAUGGUGGUCUAGUUCCAUGCUAUGCUUUGGCAUUUCCUACCUCUGUGUCUCCUCUGGCAAUUUGACUUUCCCUCUUGGCGCCUGGUGUACAUUGUAGAAUCUUUGUGAUGUUAGUUUUUUAUUUACAUGUGCUGAGUUGAGGUUCUUGCAUUUUCAGGUUGGUGAGUUUGUGUUUGAAUGUUGAUGUUUUCAAAGUAUAGUUAACUGCUAACAAGAGAAAUGUUGGGAUGUUUGGACAGAUUGAAAUUAGAAGAGAUAUUUAUGUUCUGUCUAAUGGCCAACUGAAUGAUGAUAUAUUUCGUAAUGCUCUCGAGUUACUAUACUUGAGCAUCUAAUUGCAACAGUGAGUAUCAUUAGUCAAUAACACAUGUAAAAUUUUC